CCUCUCUUCCUCCAUUGCCAUUUAUCUCCUUCUUUCUCUCUGCAAACCCUAAUUCUCCUUUCUCAUCUUCCUUUUAUUUUCCCUAGAAACUGGAGACAAUAUAACAUAACAUCAAAACUGUUGCAAUUCAUCUUCUACAGAAACGUAGAGCUUUUGAUUAAAAAAUGGAGAUGAGUCAGCUCGAUUCCGAUUUGCGUCUCCCUCCUCGUAAACGUUUACUUGCUGGUUACAUGAAACUAAACGGAUCUUCUUCUUCAUCAUCUGCUUCUCCUUCCUCAACUUCAAACUCAAACGGAUCCUCCUCCUCUGCUUCAACCUCUCGUUUCCAGAAUCAGUCACAAGAAGAGCUCGUGGAGGCUGCGAGAUCCGCAGCUGCGAAAGCCGUUAAAGCUGCAAAGGCAGCGAGGGCAUUGGCUAACGAGAAGGCUUUAAUUUCCGCAAAGAAGAUCGCUGCAGCCAAGAGAGCAUUGGAGCUCGUUGAUUCUUUCCCUAAAGAACCAAUGGCUGAUUGCAAGGAGAAGGAACAUGUUUCUCUGAGGUAUGAAGAAGAGGAUUUAGCGCGUAGGUUGCAGCGAGCUAUCGACAGAAGGUACCCUAAAGUCUUGGCAACUCGCGAGGAGAAUGGUCAGAUAAAUAAGAAACAGAAGAUGAACAAUACAGUAGCUGAAAAUGGGAGUAGAGUGAAUAGUUAUAUGAAUGGUAAUGUUGGAGUUGUGGAUUCAGACAGCUCGUACGACAAGGCUAUUAAGGAUGAAGUGGAUUGGAUACCGACACCAGGGAAGGAGAAAGGAGAGGAACAAAGAAGAGGGAGAGUGAAGUUAAAGAAGUUUCCAUUGAGCAUUUGCAAUUCUAAGGGUCAAGAAAAUGGUAUCUCCUGCGAGUCUCUGGUGCCAGUGGCUCAGACACCAGAGGAUGGUGUUGUCUCGGUCUUAUUGGGAUCGUCUUCACGGAAAUGUGAGGACCUAAAGGCUCCAGAAUGUGUGAAGCAAAACAAAGCCAUACGGUCAUAGUUGAGUUUUGUAUGCAGAAGAAAAAUACUUUUUGAUUCAAGUUUUGGUUAGUAGAACAAUCACAUUUGUUGUUUAUUCAUAUAUGAAUGAAUUGUAUUUGCAAUUACGGUGUUGUAGAAUAAGGUUUGGUGGUAUUUGGAUUCAUAGACGAGGUCGAAUGUAAUGAAGUGAUGAUGUACUCUUUUUUGUGUUGAAUAUUAUUCUUUCCGUU